UAGAUCUGUGAGGUUGAUGGAGAUCACUUGAUCAUCUUACGUGGAUUUGUGCGUUAGUACUCCUUCGUGUUUGAUUCCGGGUCCCCAAGCUUUCAUUGUUGAUUCCUUUUAGGGCUCAUCGGCAUCUCAUCUCGAUGUGAAAUUUUUCAAGGACAUAACUUCUUCGGAGCUUUAACAACUCCAACACGGUGAGAGCAACUCGGAGUGAGACUAAAAGUGAGGAAUAUGGUUACUCCUGCCAUCCCAAUCUCCUUGAUAUUGGAGAUCCUUGAGGAUCCUAAGCCGGCCCAUGUAAAGCACGUUCUCAAAUCAUUGUAUCUCUGCCCAGAGACCGUGACAUCUGCGUCAAAGGCAGAUCUCAACCAUUUUGUUUCAAGAACUGCAAACUUGUUGAACAGCAGGGAAGAUUAUAAGAGAUGGUUUGGAUGUCACAUCGUGCAGAUUGUGUCUCUGAAUCCUGUUGUGAUCACCACAUCCGGUGUCGGCUUCAUCACUGCGCUGUUGAAACUGGUCCAUCACCAAACCUCUGUUACCACUGUGGUGUUCCAGAAUGCGGUUUUGGCCUUGAACUCGAUCAUCAUCAGCAUCAGAGGUAAGCCUGUCUUAACGAGGGAGAUUCUCACUCCAAACUUGCCGAAUAUCAUCUCAGCUCUGUUGGAAAACUUGGAAAGAGACGUUUUUACUGUGCUGCCAAUCUUGAAACAGCUAUUGGUAAAGAACACUACAACUUUCAAACCAUUUGUUAAAAAGCUGGAAACCAAGCUGGUCAAACUGUUGGUUGAGAAUUUCCACACCCUGGAUAGCUCAUUACAAGAGGAGGUGUGCCAAACGUAUGCGUACCUCAACUUGAUCAAACCAACUCAGCACCAAACCCAACCUGGAUCUGCUCAACCACUGCCUGAUGACCAAUGGAGACUGAAGAUCUUACAGCUUAUGGAUGAAACUCGCAAUGUCAUCAUGGUGUAUGAUAAUAUCAUUGAGCUAAGCUCAGAAAGAGAGUCUAUGGAUCUUAUCAAGCAAUUGCCAAGUUUUGAAAAGAACGACCAUCACAUCUUCCCAUUUCUGCACAUUGACUUAUCCCAACCGAUCACAUUGGUUUCUAUAUCUGAGAGAAUUGAUGUGUUGCUAAAACUGUUGACAGCGCUCAUCACGGUGCCAACGCCAUUCCCUGUUCGUAUUCCGUUGGGACAGUUGGUGCAAUUGGGGAACUUAUUGAUGGGUAUUUCACCAAAUUACAUCUCGAUAAAGCCAGAGUUGAAGAAAGACCACGACCUCAAACAGAUGAUUUUAAACGAUAUCAUCAAGACUCAAAUCCACGGUUGCAACUUGGUUCUUAACAUCUCAAAGACUUACAAAAAAUUGGUAUUACCUCAUUUCCCUUCUAUUUUGUCAAGUUUAGAGGUUAUUGUUCCUAUUAAGAACGAAAAGGGCAAGAAAGGUAUCAACAUUGACACCCAGUGUGCACUAAACAUGGAGUCAGACCUUCUUCAGGUCAUUCAAACUGUGACGGAAUUGUUACACUUGGUGGAUUCGCUAACGGAAUUUGAACUUGUGAAUAAACUCGUUGACGUCUCCAUUCUUCUCCUUUCAAAGAGAACACCAUUGGAGAGUCUGUUGCAGAAACAGCCAGUGCCAACGAGCAUUGAGAACAAUUCACAGAGUCAAAAGAAUAAGAAGAAGAAGAAAAGCAAAGAUACCACACCGUUGGCUGAUAUUUUAUCACAUGCAGAGUUGUUUGAACUGGAUCCACCAAAGCGUACUGUCCAGGUCAUCGUAUCAUUCUUUGGAGUUUUAAUUAAGAAAGUCAGUAAACUCGAUGCAAAUUACAAGAUUAAGGUCAUCAAGUAUAUCAUUGCCAGUGCUGUUAAGCAACAAUCCAUUAACGGCACGAUAAAUGCUCUCACUGUGGAAUUGCUGGAGUCGCUGGUCCUGUUCCCAGGUGUUGGUGAAGUUUACUCUGUCUUGCCAAUCGUUAAGAGACUGUUACCAAACAAUGAGAAGUUGAGUCUUCUAACCAACCCAAGAUUCCCUAUUCUCGAUGUAAAGUACAAGCCUCGUGCCCAAGAGACUGUUGAAGACGACGAAGACGAAGACAUGGAUGAAAUUGAGGUUUCUGUUGUGGAAACCAUAGUCAAGGACACCUUUGUAGAGGACUUAAAGAUCGCAAAGGAGGUGCCAAAAGAGACUCCAGCUGUCAGUGUGUUCAAGACAGAGGAACAGAUACAGACUAUGGAGUUCCCAAGUGAAGAUGCUCAGCCUACUGAUGAGGCAAAGACCCGUCCACUGGAAGAAGAGGACGACACCCCUUCCAAACGCAUCAAGAUCCAGCAGUCAGCUCAAAUUGCUGAGACGGAAAAACACAUCGAAGAUGAGAGCGAGAACGAUGGGAGUGACUUUGAGAUCCCGCUUAUCGAUAUCGAUAGUGAUGAAGAGUGAUGAGAUGGGAUGGGAUGUCUGGGUGUCGUGGUGUCUGGGUGUCUGGGUGGCGUGGUGUCUGGGUGUGUGG